AUGUCCAUUCCUAGUAUCAUCAAACGUCUAAGAGCCAACAAUGAAGACUUUAAGCAGCUUAUUCUAACGGCAGAUGAGAUUGGUCUGCAAGAAAACCAAGAACAGCCAGAAGAUCCAAAUGAUGAGACUCGGGCAACGAGCAAGAACAUUGACAUAUUGGCUGAAGCUAUCCAAAGCAACCAGACUGUCCAAUCCGUGUUUCUAGACCAUUUCUUUGUCAGGAACUUGUCGAGGGAGGAAAUCUGCAAGCUCUUCACAGCAAUUGGCUCACUCCCCAGGCUGGAACAGUUGUCGGCGCUGUCCAGACAGGCUGAGGGAUGGUCAAUCCCUAUGCACGCCAUGUCAUGUUUUAUGGACCAAACCAAGGCACUUUCCUCCUUAAGACUAUCUUCCAUAGGAUUGGUGGGCACGGUAGAAGAUUUCACCAACUUCGCAAAGUCGAUUCAAAGCCAAUCCUUUAUGAAAGAGUUUUGCCUCCGAGGAGCCUGUAUAGUGGACGGAAGGAUACCGCUUGACAACCUCCUUCGUUCCUUGUCAGCCGUUCCCUUGCUAGAAAAGAUUGAGUUGACUGCUAUGGAUCUGCACCAAGAUCUCGGCGGAGAAUGGCCCAACAGUCCGUCUUCUGCCUUGAGAUUCUGUCAAUCGUCCUCCCUGAAGUCAUUGGAGCUUGGUGGAUGGGUGUUGGACGAAGAUCUGGUGCUUAAGAUGGCCUCGGCUCUUGAAACAAACCACUCUCUCAGAAGCCUCAUUAUGCUAGAUAGCAACAUCACCAACAAGGGAUGCGUUGCGUUGUCCAAGAUGCUUGCGGUCAACAAGACCAUCGAGAGGUUGGACCUAUCGUACAACCGAAUCAGUGACCCAGGCUGCAGUGCUCUCGCCAACAGCUUGACGUUUAAUACCAGCCUGAAAGAAAUAGGAUUGUUUGGCAAUUUCCAGGUCCGCAGUCGGGACAUGUUUCUCAGGAUUGUUGAGCAAAGCAACUUCACUCUUGAGGACCUGCUUUUGGAUUCUGAAUGGGAUGCCGAAAUGAACUUCUAUCUCAACUUGAAUCGAGUCAAUCGACGUGGUGUGUUGCAAAAUGAAGGCUUGACUCGACGUGAGUGGGUACACGCACUCGUAAAUGUCCAAGAUGAGAAGAACUGCUUGUUGGACGCACCUCAAGAGACCUUGAGCUACUUGUUUUAUUUCAUCAUGGCCAAACCGCACUUUGUUCUAGCAACUGUUACGCAAGGGGAAUGA